AUGGCUUUCACAUACCGCCCUCUGAACACUGCGAGACAUGAGAUCCGCCUGCUGCAUCUGCUCCCAGCCAAAGACUUCAACGAGCCUCUUCGCUGCGAGUUGGACUUGACAACGCUGCAAGAUGCCCCUCCUUACGAAGCCCUCUCGUAUACCUGGGGGCAGCCACUGAUCACCCAACCCAUUGAGCUGGACUCCCAACCCUUCAACAUCACAGUGAAUCUAGAGUCUGCCCUUCGACACUUGCGCAAGCCCUCUGACAAGAGGCGUCUCUGGGUAGAUGCCAUCUGCAUCAACCAGGACGACACGGCCGAGAGGAGCCACCAGGUGACCCUGAUGAAGGCCAUCUACAGCCACUGCCUCGCCGACCUGGCCUGGCUGGGGCCCAAUCCGUCCGAGAUGAUGGAGGCCGAGCACGACGACUAUCAACGCGCCCAGCUGGAGACGAGGCUCAAGGACCUCCACGCGGGGAUGGACCUGAUGGUCAAGAUCAAGGACAGGGACAUCAAUACCCUUGCCGGCAUGAAGGAGAACAUGGAGCGCCAGGGGCGCCCUGACGGCGGCUGGAUGCUCGACUACGAGCAAGAGCAAGCGCUCGUCACCCUCUUCCGGCUCACGCCCCUCUGGCAGCGCAUCUGGGUCACGCAGGAGCUCUCCUGUGCCCCGCACGUCGUCCUCGUCGCCGGCGACAGGACGCUGGACUGGAGCGUGCUGUUUGACUUCCUCGGCGACACCCCCUACGCCGACGCCUUUCACGUCGUCGGCGGCCACGGGCCUGUGAACCGCAUGGCCUCGCGGCAGAUAUUCCGCCACGCCGAGCACAUCCAGCACCAGCGGUCCAUCAUGCGCGAUACCGCCACCAAGGGCAGUGUGUCCAAGCUCAUCGACGUGCUGGCCCGCUUCAGGCACGCCCGGUCCUCCGAUCCGCGGGACAAGGUCUACGGUCUGCUGGGCCUUGUCACGGAAGAACACGGCGUCACUGUCAGCUACGCCAAGACGGCCCACGAGGUAUACGUGGACGUCACCAAGUCCAUCAUCGACUCGGCGGGCAAUCUAGACAUCAUUUGCCAAAACCCAUGGCAGGGCCACUACGAAUACCGCCAGCCAAAGAUGCCCGGUCUGCCUACGUGGGUCCCUGACUUUUCCUGCACUCUCACUCUGUACGAAUACCAGGAAGGCCCAGAAAGGCUGGAGAACAUCCUCUUUGCGCAGCGGGGCAUCUUCGCUGCCAGCACCAAGCCCUGCCAAGUGCCGUGCCGCGUCCGCGACGGCAAGCGCCUGUUGGUAAGGGGGAUCAUCCUCGACGAGGUCGGGCCCGUGCUGCAGAAGACAUAUCACAUGCUGCCCGAGGACAAGGAGAAGGAGGAGUCCGCCGACCCCGAGGCCCACCACGUCAGCAAGCGCCCCGAGCGAUGGAUGAAGCUCUACUACGGCACAACCCCCCUAGAUGAUCGGUCGCAGGUAUACGCGCCGACCGGCGAGCCGCUCUUCCAAGCCUACUGCCGCAGUCUGUCCCUCGACUGCAAGGCGUAUCCGAUUGUGCGACUCUCGGCCGAAGACGUGCAGGCCGACGCUGAGACGUUCGCGGGGAUCGUGCGCAAGUCCAUGGCCGGGCAGAACUUGGUCAAGCGCACGGGGGGCGGCCGGGAAUGGAUCUCGGAGGACCUCGAGGGAUGCUUCGGGUUGCAGUGCUGGUCCAUGGCGAGCCGAGCGUGGAGGCACUUUUGCUUCAGCCUGUCCAAGACGGGCCUCAUGAUCAUGUUGCCGCGGGGUGCCAAGGACGGGGACGUGCUCGCUAUAGUGGAGGGCGGCAAGGUACCAUUCUUGCUGAGGCCGUCGAUGGGGGGCGACGGGGUGGUAGAGUACGAGUAUUUGGAUGCGGUGUAUGUGCACGGGUUCAUGGACGGAGAGGCCGAGAGGCUAGUCGGUGAGGGAAAGCUGGAGAUGCAGGAGUUGAGUAUCAUUUAG